UCCGGCAGCGAAAGUUCUGGCUCCUGGGCUACGGGUUUCUCCACCUCCGGGAUCCGAAUUUUAUCCCCGCGACUCCAGGAUCUCCCAUGUACCGAUCUCUGUCUGGGGACCCAAAUCCCCUCCCACGAUGUUAAAUGAGGAGUUAGAUCCUAAACUACAACUCCCAGCUAGCGCGGAGAUAAUUUUUUGUCGUCACUACCGGCAGUUGGGCCGGAGCGGAAGUCGUAAUGAGCCCGCGGUCCGCGUGGAGUGUGGGUUGUGAUGGACCCUCCUUGUCCCCAGAAUGAUGUAGCGACCCUACCGCCCCUGGGUGGUGGGUCCUUGUGUCCCCACGCUGGAGGUCCUCCGGGCGGAGCUGCCCAGUGUCCCCAGAGCAGAGGUGCUCCAGGCGGAGAGCCUCAGUGUCGUAAGUGUGGAGGUCCCCUGGGUGAAGUAGACCGGCCCCUGGGGCUGGCUGCCCAUGCCGAACCCGGACCCCAUAUCCCUCGCCGCCGCCGGGCCCAGCGCCCCUUCGAUUUUAGCCGGCAUGGACGCCGCCACGUAGCGCUACGGCUGGCCUACCUGGGCUGGGGCUACCAGGGCUUUGCCAGCCAGGAGAACACCAGCAACACGGUGGAGGCUAAGCUGUUCGAGGCGCUGACCAAGACCCGGCUGGUGGAGAGCAGACAGACGGCCAACUACCAUCGUAGCGGCCGCACCGACAAGGGAGUCAGCGCCUUUGGACAGGUGAUCUCCCUGGACCUUCGCUCACAGACGCUGUCUCCGGACGGGACAGAGCUAGUGCCAGGUGCUAGGGAGGGGGCAGAGGGGGAGCUGCCCUACACCCGGCUGCUGAACCGUGUGCUACCGGGUGACAUACGGGCGCUAGCCUGGGCACCGGUGCCCACAGACUUCAGUGCCCGUUUCAGCUGCCUACACCGUACCUACCGCUACCUGUUCCCGCUGGCUGGACUGCGACUGGACGCCAUGCGGGAGGCGGGCCGCCGACUGGAGGGCACCCACGAUUUCCGCAACCUGUGCCGGCCAGACGUGGCGGGAGGUGUGCUGGAGUACCAACGCACAGUGAUGCGAGUGAGAGUGCUGGGGGCCGGGCCUGGCCUCGGCUGCCUGGAGGUGCGGGCGCGUGCCUUUCUCUACCACCAGGUGCGCUGCAUGGCUGCCGUGCUGCUGCUGGUGGGCCGUGGCCUGGAGGAGCCCGAUGUCAUCGACCAGCUGCUCGACGUCCAUCGCCACCCCCGAAAGCCGCAGUACAGUAUGGCUGUGGACUACCCCCUCAUUCUGUACGACUGUGCUUAUGAAAACGUGAAGUGGAUCUUCGACCCGGAGGUACACGCCUUCAAUGUGCAGCAUCUCCAGGCUCUGUGGGCAAGUCACACCAUCAAAACUCGGAUCCUGCACACCAUGCUGAGCGGACUGGGACAGCCACCCAUUCCCCAGGAGCCAGAGCCAGAGGAAGAGGAGAGCGCUCUGACUACCUGGGCCCGGACUCAGUCACCUGUCACCAACCUCUCUGACGUGCUGCUAGAUGGAGUGAAGCCCAGGAUCUACAAGCGGCUGAUGGAGCGGCCGACCUGCGAGGAGCUCGAGUCCCGGAUCAGGCACUAUGCCAAGAAGGGCCGCAUCCAGCUGCCUGAAGGGAUGAGGGAGGCAGAGGGGCAGAGGGACCCUGAGGAUUGCCAGGAGCUGGUAAAGCAGCAGGGCUCUGCGGAGCGCCAAGAGCUGAAGGGAAAACAGGACUCUGUAAAGAACCGAGAGCUGAAGGAAAAGCAGCAGGACUCAGUGGAGGUGCCAGAGAUGGAAGGACAGCAGGACAAUAUGGAGAUGCUGUAGCCACAGGAGCAC